AUGACUUCCACAUUCAUUGAGGGCAAUCACAAUUCGGGGCUUGUAGUAGGAGCCAAUUCGGGGACGAUAAACUUUACCCAUCCAGCGACCCAACCGGAAUCCCGCCCAGAGCCAUUGAUGACCGUGCCGUUCGCGCAUGAUCCAGACUUCGUUACUCGCGAUCAACUCGACCAACUCCACAAGAAAUCUUCGAUCGUGGGGUCUCGAACAGCUCUUGUUGGCCUGGGGGGAGUUGGAAAAUCUCGCCUCGCCAUCGAAUACUGCCAUCGAGUCCAACAGCAAUUGCCUAAGACCUGGAUUUUCUGGGUUCAUGCGAGUAAUGCAGCUCGCUGCGAGCAAAGUCUCCGCGAUCUUGCCGACCGCGCGAAGAUUCCCGGGCGUCAAGACCGCAAUACGAAUAUCUUUCAACUCUUCGCAAAUUGGUUGAAAGAUGGGAAGAUAGGACAAUGGAUUCUUGUCCUUGAUAACGUCGACGAUGACACGCUCCUUAGCGAACCGUCACGUACGCGGGUGGAAGCCCAGGCAAAAGCCCAAGACUUUGUCUCGAUGCGGCCACCCCUGAGAUAUCUCCUCGACACCUCGAAUGGCUCUAUUAUCAUCACGAGUCGUGACAAGGGAGUAGCCUUGAAAGCCACUGGUACCAUGAAACAUCUGAUCGAUGUACAACCGAUGAACAUGACCGAAGCGCUACGUCUCAUGCAAAGGAAGCUUGAUCCAUACGCAGAGAGCACGGAAUUGGUUCAACUUAUCGAAGAACUUGAGUUCAUGCCCCUCGCAAUUGUGCAGGCGGCUAGCUACAUUAUCCACCAUUCUCCCCGCUGCUCGGUCUCGCAAUAUCUAGCGAAGCUUCGACACAGCGAGCGACAAGCUAGGACGCUGCUUAACCGAGAGGAAUAUGAUGCAGGCCGGGAUUCCGAGGCGAAAAACUCUAUUUCAUUGACCUGGCAAAUAUCCUUCGAUCACAUCCGACAGAUCAGGCAGUCUGCUGCUGAUUUAUUGUCUCUCAUGAGCUUUUUCGACCGGCAGGGAAUCCCAGAGGAUGUUCUACGGGUGGCAAAGAAAACACGAAAACUUGAACCUGAGGGUUCUCCGCAAGACAUUGAGGACAUAUCAAGUGGUGUGGAUACGGACUCUUCGUCUGAACUCGACGAUGAUGAUGACUUUGAAAGUGACAUUGCGACCCUAAGGGACUAUUCCCUCAUUGCCACCGGUGAAAAUGAUGUGGAAUUUACGAUGCAUCGACUAGUGCAGCUAACAGUACGCACAUGGUUGAAAAUGCAUGGCCUAGAGGAAGAGUGGAAGGAACGUUUCAUCAGUAAUCUACAUGGUAUAUUCCCGACCGGCGAUUAUGAGAAUUGGGAGCAAUGCCGAUCUCUGUUUCCACACGUGAGGUCGACGAUAUUACAUCGACCGAAAUCAGACGGCUCAAUCCGAACUUGGGCCGAUUUGCUCUACCGAGGGGCAUGGUAUGCGUUGGUACGCGGUAAUUUUGUGGACUCAAGGGAAAUGGCAGCUUUGUCGAGGAAGCAAAUGCUGAAGCUUGGUGGUGCUGAAGAUAAAGAUGCCCUUAAGAGCACUGCGAUAUUAGCGAUGGCAUACCGAGAAGAGGGACGAUGGGGAGAGGCGGAGCAGCUUUUUGCGCAGGUCAUGGAGACGAGCAAGACGAAACUCGGCGUGGAUCAUCCUGACACGCUAACGAGUAUAGCCAGCCUAGCGUCGACGUAUAGGAACCAGGGCCGAUGGGAAGAGGCGGAGCAGCUCGAGGUGCAGGUCAUGGAGACUCGCAAGACGAAACUCGGCGCGGAUCAUCCUAACACGCUAACGAGUAUGGCCAGCCUAGCGUCGACGUAUAGGAACCAGGGCCGAUGGAAAGAGGCGGAGCAGCUUUUUGCGCAGGUCAUGGAGACUCGCAAGACGAAACUCGGCGUGGAUCAUCCUGACACGCUUACGAGUAUAGCCAGCCUAGCGUCGAUAUUAUACAACCAGGGCCGAUGGGAAGAGGCGGAGCAGCUCGAGGUGCAGGUUAUGGAGACUUGCAAGACGAAACUCGGCGCGGACCAUCCUAGCACGCUGACGAUUAUGGCUAACCUAGCGUCGACGUUAUUGAGUCAGGGCCGUUGGGAAGAGGCGGAGCAGCUUUUUGCGCAGGUCAUGGAGACUCGCAAGACGAAACUCGGCGUGGAUCAUCCUGAUACGCUAGCGAAUAUGGCCAGCCUAGCGUCGACGUUAUUAAACCAGGGCCGAUGGGGAGAGGCGGAGCAGCUUUUUGCGCAGGUUAUAGAGACUCGCAAGACGAAACUCGGCGCGGACCAUCCUCACACGCUUACGAGUAUAGCCGGCCUAGCGUCGACGUUGUUGAACCAGGGCCGAUGGGGAGAGGCGGAGCAGCUUUUUGCGCAGGUCAUAGAGACGAGCAAGACGAAACUCGGCGCGGACCACCAUGACACGCUUAUGAGUAUGGCCAACCUAGCGUCGACGUUAUGGAACCAGGGCCGAUGGGGAGAGGCGGAGCAGCUCGAGGUGCAGGUUAUGGAGACUUGCAAGACGAAACUCGGCGCGGACCAUCCUAGCACGCUGACGAUUAUGGCUAACCUAGCGUCGACGUUAUUGAGUCAGGGCCGUUGGGAAGAGGCGGAGCAGCUUUUUGCGCAGGUUAUAGAGACGAGCAAGACGAAACUUGGCGUGGAUCAUCCUGACACGCUCACGAGUAUAGCUAACCUAGCGUCGACGUUAUGCAACCAGGGCCGUUGGGAAGAGGCGGAGCAGCUCGAGGUGCAGGUCAUGGAGACUCGCAAGACGAAACUCGGUGCGGAUCAUCCUGACACGCUGACGAGCAUGGCCAACCUAGCGUCGACGUUAUGCAACCAGGGCCGUUGGGAAGAGGCGGAGCAGCUCGAGGUGCAGGUCAUGGAGACUCGCAAGACGAAACUCGGUGCGGAUCAUCCUGACACGCUGACGAGCAUGGCCAACCUAGCGUCGACGUUAUGCAACCAGGGCCGUUGGGAAGAGGCGGAGCAGCUCGAGGUGCAGGUCAUGGAGACUCGCAAGACGAAGCUCGGUGCGGAUCAUCCUAACACGCUGACGAGCAUGGCCAACCUUGCCUUUACCUGGAAGUCUAUAGGCCGAAGUGCUGAUGCAAUCGAUUUGCUCAAAACAUGUGUGCUCAAACAGGAACAAAUUCUUGGUCUAAAUCAUCCCCACACCUUGUCUAGUUCCAAAAUCCUGCUGGAAUGGGAAACCAGAUCUCUACCUAUGAGGCACGAUCAGAUUAGCGUCAGUCAAUUUGCUUUUUGUCUGGUAUUGGCCUCGCUUUAUUUGGCAAUAUCAUUACAAGUGCGACUGGAUUGA